AUGACAUCGUGCGACACCAACGAUGUGGAAGCUACUGUAGAACAGAUUAUCCGAUGCCAGCAGUAUGGCGCUGCAUUGGUACGACUCACCGUCCAAUCACCCAGAGAGGCCAGAGCAUCGGUGCUAAUCAAGGAAAAGUUACUUGCAAAAGGCUGCAAUACGCCGCUUGUAGCCGACAUUCACUUCAGUCCCAAGGUGGCUCUCAUGGCGGCCGAAACAUUCGACAAAGUGCGGGUGAAUCCGGGCAACUACGUCGAUGGGAGAAAGGAUUGGGACGAAAAGGUUUACGAGACCGAAGCUGAAUUUAAAGAGGGGGCAAAAAAAAUUGAAGAAGUUUUUACACCGCUAGUCGAAAAAUGCAAGCUUCUGAAGCGUGCCAUAAGGAUUGGUACGAACCAUGGUUCGCUAUCAUCGCGUAUAAUGAGCUACUACGGCGAUUCCCCCAGGGGUAUGGUCAUGUCAGCAAUGGAGUUCGCGGAGAUCUGCGUGAAAAACGAUUUCCACGACAUUGUAUUUUCCAUGAAGUCGUCGAACUCGUUCGUUAUGGUGCACGCGUACCGCCUUUUGGUAAAUGAAAUGUACAAGCGUGGCUGGAACUACCCCAUACACCUAGGCGUCACAGAGGCAGGGUCAGUUGACGACGGACGUAUAAAAAGCUCAUUGGGAAUCGGGGCACUGCUUCUGGACGGCAUCGGUGACACAAUAAGGAUGUCGUUGACUGAAGAUCCCUGGCUGGAACUCGCGCCGGCUAGAAAGCUGGUCAAUUAUGUUGAGAGUUUGAAUCAGCAUAAAAAACCGGAAAUGAAGACUGUUCAUAAAAGGGAGGACUUCAGGGACUUCAAUAACAUCGCCCGCAGAGACCUUGAAUUUGGAGAUUCCGUUUUGAAAUUUGAGGAUGGCAGAAAUACUAUACUGAAUCCGGACGGAUCUGUUGGUUGCUUUGUGACGCAUGAGGAUCUGGCCGAUCCCGUGACGCUUUAUAAGGCCCUCAACGUUGUCAUGCAGGACGGGUUGCCCCAUCGUGGGUUGAAAUCUGUAGAUUUCAUUUACAUGGAGGACACGCCCAUGUUCCACGACUCAAAUGGGCAAAGAAUACUGAAGGAACUCAUCGAAGGUGGAUUUCAAGUAUUGGCACCAGUGGACCAGCUGCAAGAACAACCCAUAAAGUUUGCCAUUGGAGUGGUUGAACUUCUGAAGCUUGAAGAGUUUCAAAAAUCUCAAUCGUACCCCAACUAUCCACAUGCUGACACGCGGAUAGAUUUUACAGACAAGAUCGCCGAUUUGGCCGUGAAGAUUACUGGACACGAGCCAGAUGCUGCCAUCGAGAAGUUGUGUAGUAUUGGUCGUGGAAUCUCUAGCAAGGCGCUUGGUUCAGGCAUUCCGAGAUUCAUUGUACUAGAUAUAGACCCGAAGUUAAACCAUAUAGAGACAGUGCGACGUAUAUUUGGGAUACUGACAAAGAACGGAUCGAAGCUUCCCGUCAUACACCAGGUGGAUGCCACUGACUGCUUCGACCACGAGGAAGUAGUGAUUAAGGUGUCCGCUGCAUUAUCGUCUCACCUUAUAGACAAAUUGGGCGAAGGCCUUAUAAUCAAAUCGCGUCUCCCAUUGGCGGAAAGCAAUGAUAUUGCUCUGAGUACUUUGCAGGCUGCCAGGAUGAGGAGCUUCAAAACAGAAUUUAUAUCAUGCCCGUCGUGUGGGCGCACAUUGUUUGACAUCCAGAAAACGACUGAAAAUAUUAAGAAACGUGUCGGGCAUCUGCCAGGUGUUAGCAUUGCUAUUAUGGGAUGCAUCGUCAACGGGAUCGGCGAGAUGGCCGAUGCAGACUUCGGAUACGUCGGAGGAGCGCCAAACAAGGUUGAUCUCUACGUAAAGAAGAAAUUAGUGGAGAGGAAUAUACCACACGAGGAGGCAUGUGACCGCCUGAUUGACCUAAUAAAGCGUCACGGCAAAUGGUUGGACAAAUGGAUUGCUAAAGCUGAUGCCGCCGUUCGGGCGGCUAAGACGAAGGCGCAACAUGUUUACGACAAGUUGGAUCAUAGUGAUAAAAGCACAUCAGGGACGCAGAGCACAAAUAUUGGUCAGGGAGUUAAGCAGAUUAAGGACGCCAAACAGCAAGUUUCACAAGUUGAUCAAAAGCUUAGCCAGCACAUUAAUGAGCUGAAUCAGUGGAAAGAUGCGGCAAGCGGUGUGCUUACCACAGCGGUUGGGAAGGCAAAAGAGGUGCGUGACAAGUUGAACCCAGAUGGUAAGGACACAAUUGGCCAAAAUAUUACAAACAUUGAUAACGCUAAAAACAACAUUAUUAGCGCAAAUUCACAACUUUACAGCCAAGUCAACAGUCUUAAUAAGUGGAUCACCGAGGCGGAGAACAUCCGUCAGGCCGCUGAGAAAAAGGCCAAGGAAGCCUACGACAAGUUGAAGGUUAAUAAGACUCUGAGUACCAAAAUCGGGGAGAUUGUUAAAGCAAAUGAGAAGAUUAAAGAUGUUCAUGGAAAGCUUGAUGGUGUCCAUACAAGUUUGGGAGCGUGGAAGCGGGAGGCUGGGAAAGUGCUUGAAGGGGCGAUUGAAAAUGCUAAGCAUGUGUAUGAGAAUCUGAAUCCUGAUAAAAAUGGUGACCCUAAAAAGGAGUCUCUUGGCAAGAAAAUCGGUGCGAUUGAAGAUAAUAAUAACUUAAUUAUUAAGGCAAAUACACAACUUGGCCAACAUGUUAAGGAUUUGACGAGUUGGAACUCUGCCGCCAAGGAUGUUAUUGAAAAGGCGGAUGGGAAGUGUGAUCAGAUACUUAAGAAAGUAAGUCAAAAAGAUUCCGAAGGUAAGAUUUAUAAGCAAGCUGAAUUGUUAAAAAAUAAAGGAAAAGAGCUUUUGCAGGCUGCGAGUAAGGCUAAGGCGCAAGUUGAAUUGAAAGUCAAAUCGGCGUUGGAUGCUGUUGUGAAAAUGGACACAUCUCUUAAGAAGGAUUUGAGGACUGUAAGAGAGGAGAUUAAGAAAGGGAUUAAAGAUGUGAUUGAGAGGUUGGGAGUUAAUGAGUUGGAUACUUUGGUGAAGGUUGAUUUGCAGAGUUUGAGGAAUAAGAUUGAGGGGCUUAGAGAUAAAGUUGAUGAGAGUACCAAGCCAGAUGUUGGGCUUGUUGGUGCGCAUUUGAAGACGCUUAAGAAUCAGAAGGACAAGUUGGACCCUGUCGUUACAGCAAUUAAGGAGCAGACUGACACUAAGCUUGAAGAAAACUUUAAAAAUAAUAUCCAACAGCCGCUUAACUUGGCGGUCGGUGAAGUUGACACGGCGAUUGGGGAGCUCGGCGGGGCGUUUAAAAAUGGUGGUGACAUGAAGACUAUUGAACAGAUUUUCGGGCAUAUUAAAGAUAAGGUUGGGGAGAUUAAGGGUGGCCCAGGUCGAGGUUGGGAAAAUAGAAAUGGCUCAGGCCUUGAAGGUAUUAAGAGUAAGGUGCAGAGUUAUUUUAAAGACUUCAGCGGGAGUGGGCAGUUUGACAAAAUUGUGAAUGGUUGGUUGCAGGGCAUUUUGGGUAAGCAAGGACAGAGGGUUGUGGAGUGGUUUAGGGAGUGGAGUGGUGAGCAUGUUAAUGAUGGCCGGACGAGGCAGGUGCUGGGCAAUGAUAUGACAUAUGAAAAGAUCUUUCGUGACGAAAUUAUCGACCAGAUUAAGAAGCAGCUUCACAGCGAAGCAAAAGCAGCCGGUGGAGUGGUCGAACAAGGCAAAAGCAGAGGUAACAAUGACUAUAUAACUGCGAACAUUACCGCUGUCAAGGAAGGCUGCGAGGAUUUUGUAAAGGGGAUUGAUGAGAAACUUAAGAAAGACCAAAUUACUUCGAUUUUUAGUGCCGUAAGGGGAGAUGUACUGAAUACAAUUGUAACAAUGAAGCCUCGCAAAAAUGAAAACGAUCUUGAUAACGUCCUGAAAACAAUCCUUGUCGCUCUCCGCUCCACGUCCAAUCAGGUAUCCGAGGAGCUGAAUUCACUGUUUCUCAACAUACCCGAUGACGACGGUAGUCCCAGACCCGGAAGCAUCGCAAAAAUCUUGGAUGAUGUAUACAAAACAACAACUGAGCUUGACGAUCAGCUUACCGAGGCGACUAGUAAACCAAAGUCCCCAGGCACCUCCACUGAAAGCCCCGCCCAAGCCGUGGACAGUAAGUUGCAGGCGGUGAGAAAAUUUGUGAGUGGACAAGAUGAUGAUAAUAUUACCAACAGGUUUAAAAACAAUGUCAAAAAGGAUCUCGAAGAAGCGGUUAAAGGUCUUCCCAAAGCAGUCGGUGAUUUCAACUCUACCGCCGAAGCACAGAUCAAGGAAGCCGCCAAGACGGCGAUUAACAAGGCGGCUAAUGAAAUUACUAGGGAUAGUGAUCCAAAGAAAAUUGAGUUGUCUCAAAAAAUGCAGACUUUCCAUGGUCAAUUCACUGCGAUCACCCAUAACAAAACUGGCCUCCAACCACAACUUGAAAGCUUACUUGAGAAGCACAUCGGGACGCAUGUUGAUCAGGCAGGUGUUCCACUUUUUCAUGUAGCAAAUACAUUCAUACUCUCAAAACUCUUUGAUAAAUACGGUAAGCAUGUUAGACAAGAUAAGAUUAGUGCUCUUACACCCGGUAAAACCGUAAAAGGCGAGGCAACCGAAGGCCAUCUUCCAGCGGCGAUCGGUAACAUCAAGACUCAGGUGGACAAUGAAUUGUCGAUGAUCGAUCCAAAUCCUGGUAAAGGUGUGCAGAAAAUAGAACUUUCAACCUUCACCGGUCCGUUCGAUAAAAUUAAAAAAGAGCUUGACGAGAUCAAGAAAUUUGUUGAUGAGAGUGGAGAAAACUUUUGGGGGGGAUACGAUGAUAAGAAAAGAGGAGUAAAAAAACUCUUGGACGAUCUUAAAAGGGGGCUUGGUUAUAACUAUUUGGGUACCGCAAGUAAAGGCCUUGAACAUAUCGAAAAGGCCAUUAACCAUCUGCAACAAGGAACGUUCAAUGAGCAACCCGCUGCAAUUGGCAAAGCCGUCGAGCAAAUUAAGGCGCAGCUUGGAGAGCUUAGAGAGACGAUGAAGAAUGGUAAUAAAGAAGACGUCAUCGAAAGGUUGACGGAUUUGAAAGAGAAGGGACUUGGUCAAAAUUCUUGGAAUGGUAAGAAUGUCAACGGUAAACCUCUCAGUGGUCUUGGGAGAAUCGAGAGUGACCUUAAAAAUCAGAAUGAUAUAUUGGCCAAGCAACCAGGUAUAAUUGAUAAAGCUUUACACGAAAUAAACUGGGAACUUUUCCGGGUAGGUGUAAAGUUGCGAAAUGUCUUCAAUAAUGAUGACAUCCUAAAUCCGUUGAGAGGGUUUAAAAGGAGGAUUGGCCGAAAUGCACCGGAGCCAUGGAAUGUUCAAGGCAUUCAUGACGUAAUUAAAAAGCUGCAAGAAGAGCCAUUUAAAACACAACCCGAAGAAAUUCAUAAAGCCAACUCAACAAUUAAAUUGGAACUUACUGCCCUUCAAAACGUGUUGCUAGGCAGUCAAGGUAAAGAAGAUGUCAUCAACACGCUGGACGAUUUGCAGAACGUUGGACUAAGUGGAGAUAUGUGGGAUAAGAAUACACAAGGAAAAGGUAAAAGCCUUAAAAACAUUCAAGAUUAUCUUAACACCCAACAAACUACGCUGUCCUCUCAGCCCACUGCAAUCCGCGGUGGCGUUGACCAAAUCACCGGUGAGCUUACAAAGCUCCAGAAGCAGUUGAGUGAUGACGUCACCAAAAAGUUGGAUGACUUGAAAAACCAUGGCCUUGGCAGCAAACAAAAUUGGGAUAUUGACGAACAUUCUGCAAAAGGCCUCACUACAAUCACCGCAGACAUCGAGGCCAUAAAGUCCAAGGACGUCGACAAUGUUAAGCAUUAUCUUAUCGCCCUGUGCAGCGCUAUUAAGCAUAACGCAAGAGAUCUCAGAGACAUUUUAAAGGAAGUGAAGGAAAUAUUGCUUGACAAACAGUUGAGGAAAUUUUACAGUGACCUUUACGAUUUGUACUUCGGCCCGUUGAACGAUGUCAUUCAAUCACUCAAGGCCUUUGAUAAAUACGUCCUGGCCGCUUCCUUGAUCUGA